AUGGAGAAAACCCUCCUCGAUGCAAUAAGUCAGAUAACCAAUCGAGACGAACAGUUGCAAAGCGGCAAAGCGAGUGCGGAAAAGAGGCGGUGCAGCAGCGAAGAUGAGCCAGGACCGAGUUAUUGCAAAAUACAGGUACUCUCGGACGAAGAAUACAUGCAAAGAUUAAUCGAAGAAAACAGAGACUGCCAAGAGGACCAAGAAAAAAGCGUACAAACCAAGCAAGAACAACAAGACACAAGAAGAGAAGAACGACGUCAACGAGAAGAGGAAGAACGGCGAAGACAAGAAGAGGAAAGACGACGCAGACAAGAAGAGGAAGAACGCCAGCGAUACAUCAGAGAGCUGGAAACCGAACUUGAUGAGCUAUAUAGGGGACGUUAUCUACUCCCGCACAGAAAAAUUGGGGACGGCGAAGGAACUGAUGUCACAUGCUCCUUUUGCGGACGCUUCGGUAGACACUUUUCAGACUCGUGUACGGACAUCGUCAGAGGUAAAGAGCGUCUCGACUUCAUCCUGAGGAGAAAGAUGUGCAGACACUGCUUGGGUGCCCAUGAAUCCAAGUACUGCAGAGCAGACGAGAAAAGUUGUUGGUAUUGUGACAUCGUGAGAAAUACGGCUCUCAGAUUCCUCAUCGAAAAUGACGGACACCACAGGGCGCUAUGCAAAAUCCCCGACUCAAGAGAUCGAAUCUCAGAAAGGAUCAGGACCGUAAGGGAUCAGAUACAUGAAGCCACACACGGUCAAUAG